AUGCGGAGAACCAGCCGCCACCGAAAAGCUGCUAUAGGGGGCCCCUCCUCUCUCACUGUGCAGCACAGCAGCAGCAGCAGCAGCAGCACCAGCAGCAGCAAGCAUGAGUCCUUAGGCUGGCAGCAGGAGAUGCAGCGGCCGCAGGGAGGUGGGGGCAGCAGCAGCACAACGCGUCGUGCACCCAGCAGCAACACCGAAUGCAGCAGCAGCCCACCGCCACAGCAGCAGCAGCAGCAGCAGCAGCAGCGCAGCAGCAGCAGCAGCAGCAAACGGCUGACGCGGUCUAGCCAGGGAUAA